AUGGUUCAUGGAUCACAAAAGAUUCUUGACAGCCUGCUACCCCCAGCAUCUGAUAUUGUGAAGCACUUAGGUCCUGAAGCUCUUCCAUCAGAAUACCUGCAGUUGCUUGAUUCAGCGUUUGGCACUAUGGAGGAUGGUGAUGAACUUUUGGUCAAGUUCAUGAAUACCUUACAGAAUGCAGGUGAAAAGCCUUCAGUUUAUCUAUCCAGACUUCAAGCUGCUUUGACUGUAGCAAUUAAGAGAGGUGGUAUCUUGUCCAGUGAGGCAGACCGUCAACUAUUAAAACAGUUUUGUCGGGGCUGCUGGGAUAAUAAUCUGAUUGCAGACUUGGCUUUAGAACAGAAACGUGACAAUCCCCCUUCCUUUGCACAGUUGUUAUUGAUGUUGCGCACAGAGAAAGACAAAUUUGCCGCCAAAGAAAAGUGCAUGAGACAGCAUUUAGCUGGUACAAAGCAACGAGUUCAUGUACAUACACAGAGAACUUGGGUCGUUGAUGAGUCUAUGCAGCCAAAAAAUGCUGAUAUGUUGUCAAUCGCAAUGGAGACCAAAGAGUUAAGGAAACAAAUAGCCAUUUUGCAGAGUCAGCUGGCAAAACUUACUCCCAGAGCUGAGGUUCCCAAGAAAUCCAUUUCGCAGACCAAAGCUCGUAAAAGCACUGUAGCAGAAAACAAACCUAAGAAUUCAAAUGUUGAAGCCGCUGCAGCUGAUAUGAACAAACAAGUUGGAAAACCCAGACCCUGGUACUGUUUUAGGUGCGGCGAAGACUGCCACAUAGCAGCCUCUUGCACUGCUGAGCCGAAUCCAAAACUUGUGGCUGAGAAACGUAAGCUGCUAAGAGAAAGACAGUCCCAAUGGGAGUCUCAGAACACUGCAAAAGAGGUUUUAAACUAG